GACCCUCAUUCCGGAGCAUUCCCACCCCUUUGGUUCCCAAAAGUAAGAUUGUAAAGGGGACUUUGGUCCGGGUUUUGUUGAAUUGCCGCAUUUGGAGCCCGGCUGUGGGUUUAAGGCCCUUGCAAAGGGUUCUGACCCCGGGAUCAGAGGUCGGGCGGCAGCUCCAGCCUCUCCUGAGCUCCGGCUCUGUCUGCAAUCCCAAGGUUUUCCUGGCACAGCGUUUCCUGGUCUGGCCACAGGCCACGGAGCAGAGCAGGGAAGUGAAACUGGGCUGCAACCCCUCGGAUCCCCCGGAAUUCCCAACUCCAGACUUGCUUUUUGGGGAUGAAGGAGUUUUAAUUGGGAAAAGCUGAAGGCAGGAGUUUAAUCCCUUCCUUUUGGGACUCUUUCCAGAAAUUCCUCCUGGAGCUGGACAGAACCUCCCCCAGGAAGGAGCUGCUCUGCCUGUCCCACGUUCCCAACAGCUCCAGGCCCGGACUGGGAAUUUUCCUGCCCAGUCCCCCAGACCGCUCGGAAUUCCCGUUAGUUCUCCCCUUUUUGUGGCCCAACUUGGAGCCGGAAAUGUCUAAAAAGCAGAACACAAAAGAUCCCUCGGGAUUUAUCUUUGAUGUUCAGUCCAACACUGUGAUGGCCCAGGGAGGGACCUUUGAGAACAUGAAGGAAAAGAUCGGAGCUGUCCGAGCGAUCGUUCCCAACAGGAGCAACAACGAGAUCGUCCUGGUCCUGCAGCACUUUGACAACUGUGUGGACAAAACAGUCCAGGCCUUCAUGGAAGGGAAUGCCAGUGAGGUGCUCAAGGAAUGGACUGUGACAGGCAAAAAAAAGAACAAAAAGAAGAAACCCAAACCCAAACUUCCCAGUGGCUCCAGCUCUGCCCUCCCAGCCCCUGGAAAACCAGUUCCUCCUGGAGAGGAGACCCCGGGAAACUGGGAGAAGGGGGGGAUGAACGGAUUCCACGUGAACGGCUGCGCCCAGGACACGGAAUCUGUGGAUUCCCUGAGCGAGGGCCUGGAUGGGAUGUCGAUGGAUGGCAGGGAAGUGGAUGCAGAGCCCGGCCUAAGGAAUGGACUGUCCGGCCCUGACCCCCCAAGGCUCCCCAUCCCCCCCCCCAGGGCUCUGCCCACCCCCCACUCCGACCCCCGGGAAGAGGCUCCGGUGUCACCCCCAGGCAGGAAAAUGGGGUCGAACAUCGAGAAGUCGGUGAAGGACCUGCAGCGCUGCUCCGUGUCCCUGGCGCGGUACCGGGCCCUGCUCAAGGAGGAGAUGGACACGUCCAUCAGGAAGAUGAAGCAGGUCUUUGCUGAGCUCCAGAGCAGCCUCAUGGACCGGGAAGUGGCUUUGCUGGCCGAGAUGGACAAAGUGAAGGCAGAAGCAAUGGAGAUCCUGGUGGGGAGGCAGAGGAGGGCGGAGGCCCUGCGGAAACUCACGGACGGGGCCGCGCGGAUGUCGGAGGAGCAGCUGCUGGAGCUCAGGGCUGACAUCAAGCACUUUGUGAGCGAGCGCAAGUACGACGAGGAGCUGGGCAGGGCCGGCAGGUUCACCUGCGACCUGGAGGGGCUCAAGAGGAGCAUCACCUGCUUCGGCCAAGCCUUCCCAGCGGAUCCGGAGGGCGGAAGGAGGACCCCGAGCCCCGACCCCGCGGCACAACGGCCCCCCCGAGCCCCCCAACAGCGGGACCCGGCCUGGCCCCCGCAACCCUCCGACCCCGGGCCCCCCCCCAGCCCCCCGGGGGGGGCUCCCCCCACGGAGACCCCGCAAGAGCCACCCCAAGGGAGCGAAUUCCUGAGGAAAACUCUGGGAUCCUGACAGGGGUCCCAGCCACGUUUACAAUUCCCGUUCUGUGCCAUCUCCCCUCCUUUUUACCCCUUUCUCCCCCCCAUCCUGGUCUGUUCCAUGUUCUCCCAUCGGGAUUUGGGGGCUCAGGACCCCCCCAGUGCUGCCAUCGCCCCCCCCCCCUUCUCCUUCUUCUCCAUCCAAAAAUCCCUCGCGCUGGAAGCGAGGAGGAGCGGGGGGAGGAGGGGCCUCUGACCCCCCCAGGAUCUGGAAUGUUCUCCUCUGGGAACUGGGGAGUCCCCUUUGUCUCCCCCAAAUCUGGGAUGUUCCCUGAGACCCUCUGGGAUCUGAGGUGUCCCCUCUGUGUCCCCCCAGGAUCUGGAAUGUUCCUGUGGGAUCUGGGGUGUCCCCUCUGACCUCUCUGGGACUGAGGGGGGUCCUCUCUGUGUGUGCUGGGAUUGGGGGGGGUCCCUUCAGCUGCACAUUUCAGCUUUUUCCCUGGAUUUUCUUUGGGGAAUUUCCUUCAUUCCCAUCCCAGUUCCUUCCCCCCCCCCCCAAAAUCCCCUUCACAGCAACACCCGGGAGCAAAUCCCAGACAUUCCUGGGAACAAGGACAGUAAAUCCAAAUGGGGGAGGGCUGGGGGGGUCCCCAACUUUUCUGCCCCCCCCCCUUUUUUCCAUGUUUUUUUUCCAAGUUUGAUUUUUUUGUUUGUUUUUUUUUCUUCUCUUUAAUUAAUUACAACUUCGGAACAAAUCAAUGAAA